UUAUUUUGUUUAGUACCUUCAUUAGCUUUAAAUUUAUUUAAAGGUUAUUGUUACCAUUUCAACUCUUUUGGCAAAUUGCCAUGAACUUCCGGUGUAGGAUAAAGACACACGCGGAUUUAUCGAGAAAAGAACGCGAUUAAAAUAAAAAAUAUUGGGAAAGGGACACUUGUCUGAUAACUUUACAUUGUCAGUUUUUUAAAAUGUCCAAUAACGGUGCUCCAGACUCCUGGGAAAGUCAAGCAGACCUAAUAGGUGAACAAGGUGCAAAGGAUCCCAAUGAUGUGUCCACCAAAUUUUCCACGUUGAAUGUAAAUGCUGUGGAAUUCGUUCCUUCGUUUUGUAAACCUUCUCAGGGUAGCGAUAAUACUGAUUCUGACUCCCCUACUACACCACAAAAAUCUGAAAGUCCGUCUACUAAUUCUGCGGCAAGUCCUGUUUUGAAUGGUUGCGGCGACGGCGGCGGCGAGAGCGGAGACAACGGGGCCGCGUCGGCGUCCCCGCGUGUGGAGGAGCCUCCGCCCGUGCCCGCCGUGGCGGCCGCGGCGCCCCCUGUCCCGCCCGACGUGUCCCCCACGGCCGACAGCUGGGAGGCGGAAGCCGACGACGCUCUACUUACCCCUGAGGAAAGCAAUGAACCAGACGAGGAAGAGGUUGAUCAACAGGAGGAUGGUGAGACGGCGAAAAAGAUUCCGAAGAAAAAACCUCCCCGAGUGGAGGAUACGAGGAGCAAGAAAGAGCAUGUAAAUGUUGUAUUUAUUGGACAUGUCGAUGCUGGAAAGUCUACAAUUGGUGGUCAAAUAAUGUCGUUGACUGGAAUGGUGGACAAGAGAACAUUAGAGAAAUACGAGAGAGAGGCGCGUGAGAAAUCCAGGGAGUCUUGGUACUUAUCGUGGGCCCUCGACACUAACCAAGAAGAACGUGAUAAGGGUAAAACUGUAGAAGUGGGGAGAGCAUACUUCGAGACUGAGAAGAAGCAUUUCACAAUUCUUGAUGCACCAGGUCACAAGAGUUUUGUACCGAACAUGAUAGGUGGCGCGGCGCAGGCUGACCUUGCAGUAUUGGUAAUAUCUGCGCGUAAAGGUGAAUUCGAAACGGGAUUCGACAGAGGGGGGCAAACUCGUGAGCACGCUAUGUUGGCCAAGACUGCGGGCGUGAAACACUUGGUCGCGCUUGUCAACAAAAUGGACGACCCCACCGUCAACUGGGAUGAAAAGAGAUACAAUGAAUGUCGUGACAAAAUUAUGCCAUACCUCAAAAAGUUAGGAUUCAAUCCGGCCAAGGACCUUUCCUUCUUACCCGUGUCUGGACAAACUGGUCAAGGCUUAUUGGAAAGAGUGUCUGAAGAAAUCUGUCCAUGGUACAGAGGGCCCUCAUUUAUCCAGCUUAUUGACGAAUUGCCAUCACUCAACCGCAAAAUGGAUGGGCCAUUUAUCAUGCCAGUCGUAGACAAGUAUAAGGAUAUGGGCACGGUUCUAAUGGGAAAAGUCGAGGCAGGAACUACGCGGAAGGGAGCUAUCUUAUUCCUUAUGCCUAACAGAGCACAAGUAAACGUCGACCAGUUAUGGUCGGACGACAUAGAAGUGACUUCUAUUGGACCUGGUGAGAAUGUCAAGGUGAAACUCAAAGGAAUUGAAGAGGAGGAUGUGUCACCUGGAUUUGUUUUAUGCGACGUUACAGAACCUAUCACUACAGGCAGAAUUUUCGAUGCUCAAGUUGUGAUUUUAGAGCACAAAUCGAUCAUCUGCGCAGGUUACUCGGCUGUCAUGCACAUACAUUGUGCGGCUGAGGAAGUAACUGUUAAGGCACUUAUUUGUUUGGUGGACAAGAAGACUGGUGAGAAGUCGAAGACGAGACCGCGUUUCGUAAAACAGGACCAAGUGGCGAUCAUGAGGAUAGAGUGUGCGGGCGUCAUCUGUUUGGAGCCCUUCAAGAAGUUCGCCCAAAUGGGCAGGUUUACACUUAGAGAUGAGAAUAAAACUAUUGCUAUUGGAAAAGUACUAAAAGUGAUUGAGUAAAUUUGGCACUACGAUUUGUAAUUUAGCUAGGAUAGGUCUUUCCAAACCUAUAUCAACAGAGAGUGCAUGUAAUAUGUAAUAAUUCUGAUUUUUGGGAUCUGUAUCAUGAGAAAGCUCGAGUGUAUGCUUCAUCAUUUCUAAAUGAGAAAAAUAUAUUUUGCAGUUUAAUAUUAAUAGAACAGCUAGUCCCGAUAUUGGGAAAAUAUUUUUACAGCUACUGCCAUUUAAUAAAUGUUGGGCUCUACACGUAACGCUUGUCAUAUUCGCUUACAUUCACUCUCGUUAACAAGUCGUACGAUUUAUGCGGCGUUUUUAUACUAUAAAACAUUACUUUUGUAUAUAUUUCUUUAAUUUUUAAAACUAAAGGUUUAGCCCUUGUCGCUCGGAUACAUUAUAAUAACUGAUUGUCCACGAAUGUGAUUAUUAUGAUAAAUGAACUAUAAUUUUUAUCAGUUGCAAAGUUCUUAUAAGAUAUGGCACGACGCGGCAACCAUUUAAAUUCUUUUAUCUAAGUACAUAUAUCAUUAAUUUUUCAUAAGCGAUUGGUAAGCUUUGCGUAGUGCCCAACGACUACAUGUGAAGAGAUAAUGUUAUUGCAUUCAAUAACUAAGCUUAUGAAGUCAUGUUCGGGUCCUCGUUUCUAGUGUCAUGGUAACCCCUGCUAUAUUUAGUAAAGUGGUGUUUGAGGGAUAUGGCUCUCAAGUAAUCGUUAUGAGUAUUAUCUAUGCAGAUGCUACGGUUCUCUGGCGGCUUCGUUAAAAGCUCUACAUUGCUAAUCAAUCUUAUUGCGACGAUACGCGAUGCGAUCAAGUUAUUUUGUAUGGAAAUCUAAUGCGCCUACAUAUACGUGGCGAUGUGAAAUAUUAAAACUUGUUGGCAAAGCGUCGCAAGUGCGGCCAGAGCCUUAAAUAAUCCACUGCGUCGGUGAUAGUUCUAACGACAUAGAUACUUAUGUUUAUAUAUUUUCACAUUAUAAUCUUAACGGUUGAAAAACUGUUUCCUAUUUUAAAUGCAAAAUUAUGUUUUUUAAAUAGUUUGCUAUAUAAUACACGUAUUUACAAAUAUGUUUGUACUGCAGUUAAUUACUGAAGUAACUUUAUUUAUGUAGAAAGUAGCCGCUGACGUAUCUGUUUUAAUACUAAUUAUUAUAUUAUCUGCAAUACGUUUUUCUAUUCAGUUAUGAUUAGAUUAUAAUUUAUUUCAUAGUCAUCGAUUUGAAAACGAAAAGGUGUUUCCCUGUCAGAUUACUAUUUUAAAUAAAAAGACAUUGAUAACGAACGGGAACACUUUAUCGUCGACCACAAAUAUGUACUCAUUAAUUAAACUUCUGUCUUUUGAGAGGGCAUGUUUCGCGUCGAGUGGUUAGCGCGUUAGUUCGUCGAGUGGUUAGCGAGUUUUUAUAGUAAGAACAUUGAGAGUACUUAUGGAAAGUUAUGAAGAAAUAUGUAAAGGUGGUUCGUAUCAGAAAGUUCUUAUAACUUCGGCUCAACCUCCGAAUUGUUAUAGUAAAUGUAUAUUAUGGAUUUAUAAAUUUUCAGCUUUUUUAAUAUAAUCAGAUUUACGUCUAGGGGCGAUUGUAUAUUAUUAUCAAUAUUUUGUGUAUAUCAGUGGACAAAAGGCGAGGCGCGCGCGUUGCCCCGGCUCGAUCCACGUCGUGCUAUAGUUUACGCUCGCUUGGACAGUAGGAGGAUAGUGCCUUGUUGCCGCGGGGCGCGCCUGAUACCGAGCGAGCUUGCAGGCUGCAAUUAUUAUAUUUUGUUUAAAAUAAAAUAAAAUUUUAUUAAUAA